CCCAAAUGUCCAUGCCCUUCAAUGUCCAUGCCCCCAGUGUUCCAAACGAGAGAAAAAGUUCAUCAACCCCCUCCCGGUAAGGUAUCCGCACCUUUUCAUCAGAAGAAAAAAAAAAGAGCCGUGAUAAAUGUAUGGGCGUGUUCGCUUCAACGGAAUAUCGUCUUCGCCCAAAGGCUUUGAAGAAUGUGGCCACCACACCCAAGCUCAGCCGUAACUGUUGAGGUAAACGAAGGAUAUAUCGUGGAAGUAUGGACUUGGUACGCGAUUGGUAUCGUAAUCAUUGCGCUUCGUCAUGCUGUGCGCCUUCGAACCGUGGGCUUUAGAGGAUAUCAAGGAGAUGACUACCUCUCUUUUCUCGCCACCCUCUUGUACACCGUCGACACCACCAUGGGCUACCUCGCCUACUACGCUGGCGGCAACAUCAGCGUGAAGGCCGACCAGGUCGAUUCGCUCAGUGACGACGACGUAAGGAUCCUCGAGAUGGGCAGCAAGAUGGAGUUUGCAACGUGGUACACCUACCCAGCCUUCGUGUGGAUCUUGAAGUUCAGCAUCCUGUUCUUCUACCGACGACUGGGCGUAGGCCUGUUGAAAGAGACGACGAUCAAGUUCCUCUUCUUCUUUUGCGGCAUCACCUGGGCGGCCCUCAUAGCGAGCGUGAGCCUGACCUGCCUGCCCUUCCAAGACAACUGGACAAUACGCCCGCUGCCCGGCGAGCGCUGCAUCUUUCGCGCGCAAAACUUUUACGCCCUGGCCGUGCUGAACGUCGUCACCGACGUCUGCAUCCUGACCAUCCCGGCCCCCAUGCUCUGGCACCUGCGCGUGUCGAUAUGGAAACGCAUCGGCGUCACCUGUCUGCUCUGCGGCGGCCUGUUUGUCAUCUCGGCCGCCAUCAUCCGCUGCGCCCUGACCCUCACCGCCGCGCCGAGCGUCCUCACCAUCAACAUUUGGGGCUACAGGGAGACCGUCAUCGCGCUCCUGGCCGUCACUGCCCCGGUCCUGAGCCCAAUGUUCAGGAAGGGCUUUUGGAAGCGGGGCGAGUGGGUACGGAGGCCACCGACGGAUCUGCAGCACCGCGCGGCCGAGGCGGAGCUGGCGGAGAUUGAGAGGAGGCGGAGGUUCUCACCGGGUGCAAGGUGGGACUUUGGGAGCAGCAUCAUGAAGACGUACAUCCUCUCGGUCAAGUCGAGCGUGAGGUCCGCCAUUGCCAUCACCGCCGCCAGGACGGUGCACCAUGGGGAUUCUGACAUCGAGGCUAACGCUGGCGCUGGUGGUGGUGGUGGCGUUCGUCGUUCUCCACGGAUGAAGUCGGUAGGCACUCAAACCAUGAGUACUACUGAUUUGCCGACAUAUCAACCCGGUACCAAGCGCUUCGGGAUGGAAUUCAUCACCGGGUCCUCUCUACUGGCCGACAGCGAAGAUGGGACUUCUUCGAGGCCAGAAACGGGCAACAAUGAGAAGCAAAAUGACGAAAAACAAGACAGCUCAUCGAAACCCGAACCGAGCAGCAAGGAGAAGAAGGGGAAAUCGUGGCCAUCUGAGACUGGCAACGACGACAAAGAGUACAAAGACGAUAAUCUAUCGCGGUAUGAAACUAGUAAGGAGAAAGAUGAUAGAUCAUUACGGCCUGAAACUAUUCACGACGAGAAGUCGGAACAAGGACCAUCUCAAUAA